AUGAAUUUGAUGAUACAUGCAGUUGUGAUUUUGACAAUGGUGUCAUUUUGUAUGGGUUUAGGUUCAAUAGUAGUACCCAAUACGAUUACCAAAUUUAGGAUGUAUCUCACAAAUGUCGUUGAAGAUAAUGUCAUAGUCAAUAUCUCUGGCAAAGGCGGCGACUACCAAGGAAAGCGGACACUUGCCUUCAACGAAGAGUUUGAUUGGAUAAUUCGUGCAAAAGUUAAGACCAUUUAUAAUGUUCAAAGAUGUUAUUGGUUAGUAAGAUCGGAUGGACUUUACGUAAGUAAACACAACCAUACAUUUCCUGACGAUUGGGAUAAGAAGGCAGCUUGGUAA